UAAACCCUAAAAUGUGCUCUUCCAGAAUUUUGGGGCGAUGGAAGAAGGGCGCAUCCGCGAGCUGGAGAACGAUGGUGCCACAUUGUCUGCGAGGAUCAUCCUCUCUUCACAUGGUGGAAACCAGUCGCUAAAAUCGAAGCGGACUCACAAGAAUCACAAGAAAGAAAAUCAAGGAAACUCUAAGCGACGAUUUGUAGCUUUGAAAAUCAUGUACAUUGGCAGCUGGUUAUUGCUUGCUUGCUCUUUUUUUCGCUGGGAAGGAAGAAGUCUGUGGGUUAUGCACAAGGCAUUCUUAUGGCAUCAAGUUCGUUGCAUGGCCGCCGUGCUUUUCAUGAUUGACUGUGGUCGUGAAAUACCAAUAUUUGUCUCCAGAGUAAGCUGGAGACAAAUAAGAUCACUGAUUUUGUGGAUCAUCGACGACCUUUUCGAGUGGACAAGACCACGAGAAAAUCACAGUAUUUGUGCCUUUCAAGGCCUACACUUCUACUGCCGACCUGAAUCCAAAGUUACAGAUACAUAAGCAUUUGUUAAAACAUCUCGACCAAACGUUACUGACGGCUGCACUGAUUUCCGAAGGCAUGCUGGAGCUUGGUCAGCAUGCUUCUCUUGUAUUUCUGCAUGGUUAAAUCCAUGAUGAUGCAGACCCAAUUGUUUAUUUUAGCAAAACAAAUUAUCUGAACGUAAGCA